AUGGUUGCUCAACGGAGAUUCCAAUAUUAUCCCCCAUUACCUUUUGAAGAACAGAGAGAAGCGUAUCAACUUUUAAAUUUGGAUUACGAAAUUGAACAAGCCCAAAUGUUUGUGCUAACUUUGCAAAGAGUAUUUGUACGCCAUCCGGGAGAAGGGGGUAUAUUUGAGAAUGAAGGACGUGGGCUCAUGAAUGGCAACCUCCAAAGAGCAGAGCGUAUAAGAGAAGCGUUACAAAUUCCAGUAGUGAAUGAAGACAUGAUUGCUGUUCCGCUCGAAGAAAGAGUCGGCAAUCGUCAUUUCGUAGGUCGUCGUCGCGGGCGUGGACGAGGCCGUGGAGCUGGACGUGGCCGUGGGCACGAUCGUGGUGCUGAACAUGGACGUGAGCAAGAUCGUGAUAUUGGGCGUGGACGCGCGCAAGGUAAUGGAGCUGGACGUGGGAUCAGGCAAAAUCAUGGUGCUGGUCGUGGACGCGUGCGAGACCGUAGAGGCGAACGUAGACGUGGACAAGGUGCUGAACUAGGACAAAAACGUGGGAGAGUUCAUAGACGUGGACGACGUCGCGAAAGAGGUCGUGAACAUCUAGUUUACAUAAAUAUUAGAAGAUACAUAAUCGUUGUAAAAUGCUUCAACAACGAACACUGUGGAAAAGACAGAGAUCCGUAA